GGUGGUAGAGUAGCACAACAGCUCUCAGAUCCCUCCAGAACAGGUCAACAAAAGUCCUGUCUUGGUGGUGAGCUUCUCCAGUAUAUUGCGAGACUCAGUGAAGCAUUGGAGUGAGCAUGCAGCAUCUCAUCAUCAUUCUUGCAUUUCUUGUCCCUUGUCUGAUUACGGAGGAUGUAUCCUUUGCAGACGGGAUACCCUGUUCCAAGUAUCAAGUCGCUUUCAAUCGGUCAUGCUAUGAGUUCGUGAAACUCCAGCGCACAUUCACAAGUGCUCAGAGCUGGUGUGAGAGAGGAGGGGGCCACCUGGUCUUUAUUGAGGAUGAAGAGACCCAGAUGUUCUUAGAGGAGCACAUUUCUGAGGACAAAGAAUGGUGGAUUGGAAUAACCUACAGCUCUUCUCCAAAUGAAACAUCUGAAGGGUCCCUGAUUUGGUUGGAUACCUCAAAUAUCACCUAUAGCAAAUGGCACCAAGAUGCACCAUCAGUCCUCUCAUCUUCAUGUGGCUAUAUCCUGAAAAACUCUGGCUAUGAAUGGGGUGUAACAGAGAACUGCAGCCAGGAGUUUGAAUUCAUUUGUGAGUUUGAAUCUGGCCACAGCAUUGCCUGUGACAACUUCAAUGCCACAGUGCAGUGUGGAUCUGGAGAAGUGAUUCAAAUUGGAGACAGCUUCUAUGGACGGAAAACACCUCACUAUUGUGUAAUCGAGACUCGCCUGGAGUUUGAUGUUGAAGAAGAAUGUAGCUGGGUCAGCGUGAAGGAUGAGGUGGCAGGGCAGUGCCACGGGCUCCAAGCUUGCCAGGUAGCCGCUGAUGGGACUUUCUUUGGAGACCCCUGUUCAUCUUUGGGAAGUUAUCUGUCUAUUCAGUAUCAUUGCAUGGAAGGCUUGCGGCUGGCUGUAACAGAGAAGAGCUUUGUCUUUGAAAAUGUCACCAUAUCCUUGAAGUGGCUGCUUUCUCCUUAUUCCGGCAACCUUUCAUGCAUCAUUAGCACUGGAGAUGGAAACACGAUUGAUCCAUACUACCCUCCAACCCUGUUUAGCAACGUGAGCCAUCACUAUGUCUCUCCUGGUACAUUCACCAUCUUUGUGGAAUGCACCACCAGCGAAUGGCACGUAACCGCUCAAAAACUGUUGACGGUACAAGAUAAAAUGGAUGAGCUGACCGUUAGCUGGUGCUUCAGCAAGAAUGAAGUAGGAAACCGCUCUCACUGCAGGAGUCUUUAUGAGGAAACUCUGUGGAUUCAAGUGGAACUUAAUGGAGGAACUGGGGUGACCUACACUGUUCUAAGCAACAACAAGAGUGUGACAGAGUCCAGCAUAAAGUCAGGCAUUGUUCCUCAUAAUUUGACCUUGGAUGGUGCAGCUCAACAGCUUUUAGGUCCUGGGGUACAUCAUCUGGAAAUAGUUGCAACCAGCAACACCACAGAAGAUGAGGUCACAGAAGUUCUCACUGUCCAUUUACUGGAGGCUGUCUCUGGUCUUCAAGCUGAAUUAACCUCUCGCUCUUUGGAGUUAGGAGACAAUCUAGAGGUCAUCGUGUCUGCUCAACACGGUGCUCCCCACAAACUGAAAUUUGAAGUGUCUGGAUCUAACAAGACUUUUACUCAUUGGAGAGAUUGUCCUGAAGGAGCAUCUGAAACCUACAGAAUCCCGCUGGAGGCUGAAGGUACUUUUCUAGUCAAAGUGCUUGCGAUGAAUGCCUUGUCAAACAUGAGCAUGGAUGUAGGAACUGUCAUGGUGUCAUCUAACAGUUCUCAUAAGGAAGAUCUUCUCAAGGAAGAGGAACAAUCAAAUAUAAAAAGAGUUGAUGACAAAGGGAAAAAUAAGAUAUACAUCAAGCCCAGUCGCCAUGCUGGACCCUUCACAACAAUUAUUCUUGGUUGGCCUGAUGACAGCAACAAUUCUGUCUACACUUGGUCUUGUGGAUCCUGUUGGCCUGAAUGGGCUGAAUGUGUGCAAGAACAAUCCAUCCAGACAGACCAAAGGGAGAUCCAGAUUCCUCCUGCCUGCUUACCCCCUCCUAGCUCAGCCGUGACUGUGAAAGUUACAGUCAAAAACCCGGAAAAGCAAGAGAAGCAGGAUGAGCAAUGCCUCUACAUCACAGCAAAGCGAGACCUGAGGCCACAAAUCAGUUGUGAGAUGAACUGCAAGCCAGUAAACGUCACAGAAGAUGUUAUACUCAGUGUCUCAACAGAGCUAGAUUCAAAGGCUAUACUCUACAAGUGGUAUCUAGACCAUACAUUUGAAAGAAAGCCCAUUCUGCUCCCACCAGGUUGCAGUUUGACUGGUUUCCCCCAGAGCUCCCUCACUUUGCUUCAGAGCGAUACAGCAACGUUGGUGCUGAACAGCUCUUUCCUGCAAACACAAGGAGAAGCCUUUAGGAUUAAAGUAGCAGCCGUGAAUGAUCACAAGUAUGGCGAAGAAAUCUUCAUUGUCAGCACGGUGCCUCCUCCAGCAGCCCCAGUCUGCACGAUAUCCCCUGAGCAAGGAUCAGUUCUCACAAGUUUUUCCAUCUCCUGUGUCACUUCCUGCCUGGAGGAUCAGUGUCUUCCAUCUGAUAGCUCCUCACUCACAUAUUGCUUCUAUCUGGAGCCAAAUUCUGUUCUACACUGUGGACACGAUCCUGUUCUCCCUUCAGUUUACCUCCCACUUGGAGAAAAGGACAAUGACUUCCUUUUACGCAUCCAUGUUUCUGUAACCAAUAGUUAUGGUGACACACUUCGUACAAAUUUCACUGUCAGGGUUUGGCCUGAAGAUAUAAGUGAUAGAAACCAGACGCUGCAGACUAUUAUUUUGGAAAAAUCAAACACCAUCCUAAAAGGAGAGAACAACAGUAUGUCCCUGUUCCAGCUGUACAAAUCAGUAUCCUCUGUUCUUAAUCACAAGAUGAAGGAAGAGAGUGUUAAUACAUCCCUGCAGACAGACACAAGGAAGGAGUUGAGAGAGCUCAUGCUGACCACUCUCUCCACUGUCAAUGUAACAUCAAUGCAGACAGCACUGAAGAUGUCUGAAGUGCUGAAAGCAGUCACAUACAGGAGUGAAGAGCUAUCUUCCUUGGCACAGGUGGAAGCCGGCCAUACCCUGAAAAGUGUCAGUCAGUCUUUGCUGAUAGUGAAUAGUGAAGAUGGUCAAGAUGAUUUACAGCGCAAGGAGGCAGCCAGCUACCUCUUUGCAGCUGUGAGCAACGUUCUUGAGGCUUCAGGUCAGAAUGGGACUGAGGAUGCUUCUGCCCCAGAGACGUCACAGAGACUGGUGCCACAGCAACUUCUCAAUGCUGUUGAAAACCUCCAAAGUGCUCUCCUGAUUGGGAAGCUACCAGAUGAUGAACCUACAGUGCUCACAGCUCCAUCUGCAGUGAUGUAUAUCAACAGGUUGCAGACGGACAAUGUAGAUGGCACAUCCAUUAGCAUCUCCAAUUCCAGCUCGGCUAGCUUCUCUCUGCCCUCUGCUUCUUCCCUCAGUAUCUUGGAAGACAGUGAGGAAACAGUGGACAUCAGGAUGGUGAGCUUCUCUGUAAAUCCCUUUUCCGCAAGCGACAGCUUUGAGAUCCACAGUGCUGUCGGAGGCCUGACUCUCACUAGCCUUGAUGGAAUGGUGAUUCCCGUUCGCAAUCUUAUGGAAGAUAUUGAGAUAAUUCUGCCAAGGAGUUCAACAAUACAAGACCACAAAAGCAUGUUGAGUCUGCAAGAUUUCAGUGCUCUCCAGGUUAAUGUGACUUCAUCAAAUGUAUCUCUGGUGAUCCAUUUGGAGCUGGACCAACCCAUUCCACUUAUUCUAUACUUGGGAUAUGGCUAUCAUCCCAAUGAGACAGACCAUGAACUGAUGACACGCCUUCCUCACAACAGAGACUCUACAGAUGAGAUAUAUUCCUGGAUCCUUCACCCAGAAGACCUUAACUUUGGAGAAGGAAUUUACUAUUUCUUAGUAAGACCAGAGACAGAAUUAGAUGCUAUUGCUGCCAACAAUGUAAACAUUUCAGUCACUUGCUUUGUAUCCCAGUGUGUAUUUUGGGAUGAACACCAAGGGAAGUGGAGCAACCAUGGAUGCUAUGUUGGUCCCAAAACAACUCCUGAUAGCACCCAGUGCCUGUGUAACCAUUUGACAUUCUUUGGGAGCUCUUUCUUUGUGAUGCCAAACACCAUCGAUGUCAGCAAAACAGUGGAGUUAUUUGCUACCUUUGUGGACAACCCUGUUGUGGUGACAACUGUGGGUUGCAUUUUUCUUGUAUAUCUUUUGGUUCUGAUCUGGGCGAGAAGAAAAGACAUCCAAGAUGAUGCCAAAGUGAAGAUAACAGUGCUGGAAGACAAUGACCCCUUUGCUCAGUAUCGCUACCUGGUCACUGUUUAUACUGGACACCGCCGGGGGGCAGCUACAACCUCCAAGGUGACUCUCACCUUGUAUGGCCAGGGAGGAGAGAGUGAACCUCACCACCUUGUGGAUCCAGACAGCCCUAUCUUAGAACGAGGAGGAGUGGAUGUCUUCCUCCUAUGCACACUCUUUCCUCUUGGAGAACUACAGAGCAUUAGGCUAUGGCAUGACAAUUCAGGAGGAAGCCCAUCCUGGUAUGUGAACCGUGUGCUGGUUCAUGAUGUUGCCACUGAUCAGAAGUGGUAUUUCCUUUGUAACUCUUGGCUGGCUAUUGAUGUCGGAGACUGUGUUCUAGAUAAAGUGUUCCCUGUAGCGACUGAGCAGGACAUGAAGCAGUUCAGCAAUCUGUUCUUUAUGAAGACCUCCAAAGGAUUUCGCGAUGGACAUAUCUGGUAUUCCAUUUUUAACCGCUGUCCACGCAGCUCCUUCACACGGGCCCAGAGGGUCUCCUGCUGCUUCUCCCUGCUUUUGUGCACUAUGCUGACCAGUAUCAUGUUCUGGGGCGUGCCCAAGGAUCCAGCCGAUCAGAAAAUGGAUUUGGGGAAAAUAGAGUUCACAUGGCAGGAAGUGAUGAUUGGUUUUGAGAGCUCCCUCCUCAUGUUCCCCAUCAACUUACUCAUCGUGCAGAUCUUCAGGAACAUUCGGGCUCAGCCUAAGAAGGAGAAGAAGCCAGGGAAGAGUGGACGGGUGUCCCCUGACCUUCCUGCUACUCCCCAGCAGGUCACGCAGAACAUGUCACUCUCUCCUGAGGCUGUGAUCAAGGAUAUUCGGCGAAUUGCCAGUUCCCUGUUCAAAACCCUCAAGGCACCCUUGCCAUCCUCUGAAUCUGAUUUUGGCAAAUCGACUGAUAUUAACAAGCUUUUAGCCUUGGUCGAGGACAUCAUCUGUCAGCAGAACAGGAUUGGACAGGAAUUUUACAAUGAGAGCAAGAAGAAAGAUGACCCAAUUAUUAUAACCCUCGGGUUAGUGGAUUUACAAGAGAAGACCCCAACUCCAGAGAGAGGAAUUGGGAGACGUCUGCAGCAUCGUGACUACAACCGUUGCCUCUACAUGCAGCUGCAGCACGUGGAGCUGGAACUGGAGCUACUUGGGCCACAUAAAUUCCAAAGCCUACAAAGUUACUCUCAGGCUGUGAGGCAGGUGCGGCACAUGAAAGACUUCCUGGAAAGCCAGUUGUCUUCUGCGGCAUCCAGCAGUGAGAGGGACUCGCCAACUCCUAGCCUUCCAGAAGAUGGUAAGAAGGAACCGACACCCAAAGGCCUGCCCCCGUGGUUUGUCUACAUUGGUUGGCUCUUGGUGGCCGUCACCAGCGGUGUCUCUGGGUUCUUCACAAUGCUCUACGGGCUGCAUUAUGGCAAGGAGAACUCCAUCAAGUGGCUGAUCUCCAUGGCUAUCUCCUUCUUUGAAAGCAUUUUCAUUACACAGCCCUUAAAGGUUCUAGGAUUUGCUGCUUUCUUUGCUUUGGUGCUUAAAAAUGUGGAGCAGGAAGAUGAAGAGAACACUGCCAUCGAUGGGUCAUUGUCUACUGCAGGUGACUCAAAUCCUAUCUUUGGGGUGCGCAGAGACAGCGGAAGCAACAUCUACCAGCCUCCCCCUGCCACCGACAUUGAGAAAAUGAAGAAUAAUAGAGUCAAGGAACAGAAAGCAUUUGCCCUGAUAAGAGAAAUUUUAGCCUACUUGGGAUUCUUGUGGAUGUUGCUUUUGGUUGCCUAUGGACAGCGAGAUCCUAAUUCGUAUUAUCUCAACAAACAUAUUGAACACAGCUUCACAGAUGGAUUUGAAGAAGUCUUAAGUUACCAGGAUUUCUUCAAAUGGACCAGAGCCACUUUAAUCAAAAAUUUAUAUGGACCAUAUCAAGGCUUUAUCACAGAUGGCAACUCCAAACUUGUCGGUAGCGCACGGAUUCGUCAAGUUAGGGUAAAAAGCGGCACGUGCCCCAUUGAUCCCAAACUGCAACUGACUGUCAGAGAAUGCCGUGCUCCUUAUUCUUUUGACACAGAAGAUACAAUGGAUUAUGGAGUGUACUGGAACGUCUCUUCCCUUGACAACUCCACUGAACUUGGUUCCGCCUGGCAGUAUCAGAGCCAGUCUGAACUCAGAGGACAUCCAAUCUGGGGCAAACUGGCUGUCUAUAGAGGCGGAGGAUACGUGAUUCACUUGGGGACAGAUUCCCAGAAUGCCUCCAGAAUUCUCCAGUACCUCUUUGAUAACACCUGGCUGGAUAUUUUUACAAGAGCUGUGUUUGUCGAGUUCACCGUCUAUAAUGCCAACGUGAACCUGUUUUGCAUUGUAAGCCUUAUGUUUGAAACGAAUGCCUUAGGGGCUUUCUUUACACGGGCUGAGCUGCAGAGUGUCCGACUUUAUCCCUACACAGAUGGCCUGCAUAUCUUUGUGGUAGCAGCAGAAGUCAUUUACUUCCUCUUUGUCAUUUACUACAUGGUGGGACAGGGAAAACUCAUUCGGGCUCUGAAAUGGAACUACUUCCGCAGCAAGUGGAACCUGCUGGAACUGGCUAUCAUCACCAUCAGCUGGAGUGCCCUAUCGGUGUUUGUAAGACGGACAAUUUUGGGCUCACGAGACAUCAGUUACUAUCAGGAGCACAAGGAUGAGUUUGCCAGCUUCAAUCAGACAGCGACUGUUGACGCAGUUCUGGGCUACCUGAUUGCCUUCCUGGUACUUCUCUCCACAGUGAAGCUCUGGCAUCUUCUGCGGCUGAACCCCAAACUGAAUAUGAUCACCUCCACCCUGAAGAGGGCCUGGGGGGACAUCUCGGGAUUUGCAACUGUGAUUAUAAUCAUGUUUCUUGCCUACUCCAUUGCUACAAACUUGAUCUAUGGCUGGAAGCUAAAUUCUUACAAGACCCUGUUUGAUUCGGCAGAGACAAUGGUUAGCCUUCAACUAGGAAUCUUCAAUUACGAAGAGGUCUUGGACUACAAUCCUAUUUUGGGCUCCUUCUUAAUUGGCUCCUGCAUCAUUUUCAUGACAUUUGUGGUGCUGAAUCUCUUCAUUUCAGUUAUCCUUGUCGCUUUCAGUGAGGAGCAGAAACAUUAUCAGGCUUCAGAAGAGGAAGAGAUAGUCGAUCUAAUGUUGAAGAAAAUGUCGAGUUUCCUUGGCAUUCGAUGCAAAAAUGAUCAGAAAACGGGCCAAGAUAAGCCACUGGAAGAACUUGUGCGCAACUGAACACUGCCAGAAGGAUGCCUUGCUUAUCACUUCAGUUUACAGCUGCCUUUCAGUAUCAUGAUUCCUGUGUUUGUGAAACGCUAGACCUGAAGAACGUUUCAGACUCUGAGCUCUAAAUUGUUGCAUUUAAGACUUUAGCCUUAAUCCUGUACUGAAAAAUGUAGAAAUAAGUGUCACAGCAUCAAAUGGCUGGCCUUACUCCACUUUACUGUAUUUUGUCUGCAGUGUGAUAUACUACACAAUAUAAUAAAGCAACCAAUGUGUCAUGGGGCUAUCAGAUCAAUGAAA